AUGCGUGUGUUUGCUGACAGACGCACGUUCAUACAGCCGUACGCUCACGCAGCCGUACGCUCACGCAGCCGUACGCUCACGCAGCCGUACGCUCACGCAGCCGUACGCUCACGCAGCCGUACGCUCACGCAGCCGUACGCUCACGCAGCCGUACGCUCACGCAGCCGUACGCACACGCAGCCGUACGCUCACGCAGCCGUACGCUCACGCAGCCGUACGCUCACGCAGCCGUACGCUCACGCAGCCGUACGCUCAUGCAGCCGUACGCACACGCAGCCGUACGCACACGCAGCCGUACGCUCACACAGCCGUACGCACACGCAGCCAUACGCACACGCAGCCGUACGCACACGCAGCCGUACGCACACGCAGCCGUAUACGCUCAUGCAGCCGUACGCACACGCAGCCGUACGCACACGCAGCCGUACGCACACGCAGCCGUACACGCAGCCGUACGCUCACGCAGCCGUACGCACACGCAGCCGUACGCACACGCAGCCGUACGCACACGCAGCCGUACGCACACGCAGCCGUACGCACACGCAGCCGUACGCACACGCAGCCGUACGCACACGCAGCCGUACGCACACGCAGCCGUACGCACACGCAGCCGUACGCACACGCAGCCGUACGCACACACAGCCGUACGCACACGCAGCCGUACGCACACGCAGCCGUACGCACACGCAGCCGUACGCACACGCAGCCGUACGCACACGCAGCCGUACGCACACGCAGCCGUACGCACACGCAGCCGUACGCACACGCAGCCCCGUACCCAGCAGACCAGCAUUACCACAGAACAAGUACCGCAGAACAAGUACCACAGAACAAGUACCACAGAACAAGUACCGCAGAACAAGUACCACAGAACAAGUACCACAGAACAAGUACCACAGAACAAGUACCACAGAACAGAACAAACAAGUACCACAGAACAAGUACCACAGAACAAGUACCACAGAACAAGUACCACAGAACAAGUACCACAGAACAAGUACCACAGAACAAGUACCGCAGAACAAGUACCACAGAACAAGUACCACAGAACAAGUACCACAGAACAAGUACCACAGAACAAGUACCACAGAACAAGUACCACAGAACAAGUACCACAGAACAGAACAAGUACCACAGAACAAGUACCAGAACAGAACAAGUACCACAGAACAGACCACAGAACAAGUACCACAGAACAAGUACCACAGAACAAGUACCGCAGAACAGAACAAGUACCACAGAACAAGUACCACAGAACAGAACAAGUACCGCAGAACAGUAACAGAACAAGUACCGCAGAACAAGUACCGCAGAACAAGUACCACAGAACAAGUACCGCAGAACAAGUACCACAGAACAAGUACCGCAGAACAAGUACCACAGAACAAGUACCACAGAACAAGUACCGCAGAACAAGUACCACAGAACAAGUACCACAGAACAAGUACCGCAGAACAAGUACCACAGAACAAGUACCACAGAACAAGUACCACAGAACAAGUACCACAGAACAAGUACCACAGAACAAGUACCACAGAACAAGUACCGCAGAACAAGUACCACAGAACAAGUACCACAGAACAAGUACCACAGAACAAGUACCACAGAACAAGUACUGCAGAACAAGUACCACAGAACAAGUACCACAGAACAAGUACCACAGAACAAGUACCACAAGUACCACAGAACAAGUACCACAGAACAAGUACCACAGAACAAGUACCACAGAACAAGUACCACAGAACAAGUACCACAGAACAAGUACCGCAGAACAAGUACCACAGAACAAGUACCGCAGAACAAGUACCGCAGAACAAGUACCGCAGAACAAGUACCACAGAACAAGUACCGCAGAACAAGUACCACAGAACAAGUACCACAGAACAAGUACCACAGAACAAGUACCGCAGAACAAGUACCGCAGAACAAGUACCACAGAACAAGACUGGCGGCGCCCCCACUAAGCUGCCAGAGACUUACAAAAACCCGCGCUCACAAAUAUCAGACAGGAAAGAGAAGGAUGGACCGGACAGCAUUUUAGAUUUUAUGGGAGAGGAAGCAUCCCGCUCCAUCCCACCGCGGGACGGGGCGACGGGAAGGGGGGUUGGGCAAGGUAUUACGCCUGGAGCCCUGUGCUGGAACCUUCCCACACACAGAGAGCUCCGUAAUGAGCCGAGGCAUAUACCAUGA